AUGCCCCUUGCAGGGACUCCUGCUCCUGUUAAAAGGAAAAAGUCCACUAAGCUCAUUGGGAAGCUGACACACGAAGUCAUGCCACAAGAGGUGUCCAAGCUGAACUUGGGGAAGAAGAUCAGCAUCCCCAGAGAUGUGAUGCUAGAAGAGCUUUCUCUCCUCACUAACAAAGGAUCCAAGAUGUUCAAAUUACGUCAGCUGAGGGUGGAGAAGUUCAUUUAUGAGAAUAACCCUGAUGUCUUCACCGACAAUUCUGUG